CGGCACCGCGUUCGUGCCAAGCCAAGACUAGAAGGGCACGGGCGGAGCGCGCUCUGGGGGCGCCCGGAGUUCCAGGCCCCGCUCGCCCGCCGGGCCAUGAAGAUGAUCCUGGUGCGCAGAUUCCGCGUGCUCAUCCUGAUGGCGUUCCUGGUGGCCUGCGCGCUGCACAUCGUGCUGGAUCUGCUGCCCAAGCUGGAGCGGAGCGGAGCGCAGCCCUCGGGGGAACCCGGCUGCUCCUGCGCGCAGCCCGCGGCCGAGGCGGCGGCACCCGGCUGGGCCCAGGCGCGCGGACGCCCGGGGGAGCCCCCGGCAGCAGCCUCCGCCGCCGGCGACGCGGGCUGGCCCAACAAGCACACACUGCGCAUCCUGCAGGACUUCAGCUCCGACCCUUCCUCCAACCUCACGUCCCACUCGCUUGAGAAACUGCCACCCGCAGCCGAACCGGUCGAGGGCGCCUUGCCGGGGCAGGAUCCCGGCGCCCUGCGACCCUUAGACCCCGGUCACCGGCCGCUGCUCAGAGACCACGGGACGCGUGGACCUGUGCCGCCCCCCGGCCCGAGCGGGGACGGCUCCCUCCUGGCCAGGCUGUUCCAGCACCCACUGUACCAGGUAGCCAUUCCGCCGCUAACGGAGGACGAUGUCCUCUUCAACGUGAACAGCGACAUCAGGUUCAACCCCAAGGCGGCGGCAGCGGAGAAGCCAGACUGGCCACACGAAGGUCCUGAGGAUGAAUUCCUACCCACAGGGGACACGGCCGUGGACUCCUAUCCCAACUGGCUCAAAUUCCACAUCGGCAUCAACCGCUAUGAGUUGUACUCUCGACACAACCCAGCUGUGGAGGCCCUGCUGCGUGACCUCGGCGCCCAGAAGAUCACCAGUGUUGCCAUGAAGUCGGGGGGCACACAACUCAAGCUCAUCAUGACCUUCCAGAACUACGGGCAAGCACUGUUCAAACCCAUGAAGCAAAUGAGGGAGCAGGAGACACCCCCUGACUUCUUCUAUUUCUCCGAUUACGAGAGGCACAACGCAGAGAUCGCUGCCUUCCACCUGGACAGGAUCCUGGACUUCCGCCGGGUCCCUCCCGUGGCUGGUAGGAUGGUCAACAUGACCAAGGAGAUCCGGGACGUCACGCGGGACAAGAAGCUGUGGAGAACCUUCUUCAUUUCCCCAGCCAACAACAUCUGCUUCUACGGGGAAUGCUCUUACUACUGCUCCACGGAGCAUGCCCUGUGCGGGCGGCCAGACCAGAUCGAGGGCUCGCUGGCCGCCUUUCUGCCUGACCUGGCCCUGGCCAAGAGGAAGACCUGGCGGAACCCCUGGCGACGCUCAUACCACAAGCGCAAGAAGGCAGAGUGGGAAGUAGACCCUGACUACUGCGAGGAGGUGAAGCAGACGCCCCCCUACGACAGCAGCCACCGCAUCCUGGACAUCAUGGACAUGACCAUCUUCGACUUCCUCAUGGGAAACAUGGACCGCCAUCACUACGAGACCUUCGAGAAGUUUGGGAACAAAACGUUUAUCAUUCACUUGGACAAUGGGAGAGGGUUUGGAAAAUACUCCCACGACGAGCUUUCCAUCCUGGUGCCUUUACAGCAGUGCUGCAGGGUCAGGAGGUCCACGCACCUGCGGCUGCAGCUCCUGGCCAAGGAGGAGUACAAGCUGAGUCUGCUGAUGGCCGAGUCCCUGCGUAGGGACCGCGUGGCCCCCGUCCUGUACCGGCCGCACCUGGAGGCUCUGGACCGGCGGCUGCGCGUCGUGCUGCAGGCGGUCAGGGACUGCGUGGAGAAGAACGGGCUGCCCGCUGUCGUGGAGGACGACCUCAGCCCCGAGCACAGAGCCUCUGCCGGGAGGUAGUGACCGCGAGCCGUGGCCAGGCCAGCUGCCGGGGCACACGGGCCAACGCAGGAGCGGACGGGCUGCCCGGGGACGCGUGUCCUCACUUUCCAGACCAGGGCGGGCCGGCGGGAGCGCACUCGGCCCCCGUGGACAGAGGCGGCCUGGCGGCGGCCCACCACCCUUUUGUAUGGAAAGGAAGGCUUUACUUACUAUUUUGUAUUUAUACCUGGUGUAAAUGUACAUAAAUAGAGACAUCUAUGCAGACCCCGACCACCCAGCAAGUCACACGGAGGGCCACCUGGCAGGGCCAAGUGCCCCUGCGAAGGGCUCCCCCUCUGGACCGAACGUACAGUAAAAACUCUCCUCCCUGCCCAGGGCUGAGGUGUCUGGGGCUGCAGGAGGCUCCUGAGGCUGUCACGGACUCCCGUCGACAGAUGAACACCGCGUAGCUUUUGGGCGACGUGAAGGACCAGUCGUUACCUGGCUGCCCAGGCUGCCUCGGAGCACCUGCUGACUUGCUUCGCAAGCCUGUGCACGUGUGUGACACAGUCAUGUGGCCGGGCAGCUGGUUACUUUCACGGCAUUUUCGUGGAAUAGUUUGCAAUGUGGUAAAGGUGCAAUAAAGAUUCAGCAAGUGUG